GAAAUUCACCCGUCGUUCCCGCCUCUUCCUGAGUUCGCCUUUGUUUCCAUGGUCCAAGUUACUAUCAGGAAGCGCCCCAUUGAGGAUGCGGUCAUCACCCAGCGGAAGUUCUUCAAGAAGACUGCAAGGGGAAAAGUCAUUAAAGUCAUAAGGGAGAGAUAUCUGAGGGAUGAUGUGUCCUGUGGUAUAGAGGGCUGUAGAGAGUGUUCUACCUCGGCCGACACUGCUUUGCCAGUUAAUGGCACCUUAGAUCACAAACUAUUUCCCAACGGCCAUUUCAUUUUGCCAGACACCAACGUAUUUCUAGCUCAGAUGGAUCUCAUGGAAUCCAGUCUGUUCACCUCCCCCAUCAUCCUUCUGCAGACGGUCCUCGAAGAAGUCCGCCAUCGCUCUUUACCAUUAUACAAUCGCUUGAAGGCACUUGUGAAGCUGGAUGAAAAGCGGACAUGGGUCUUCUACAAUGAAUUUCGAUCAGAGACAGCUGUUGUGCGUGAAAAUGGGGAGACACCCAAUGACCGUAACGAUCGAGGCAUCCGCAAGGGAACUGCUUGGUAUAACUCUCAUCUCUCACUCACACGCCCUGUCAUCCGCGGCCAAACCGCUCCUUCAAUUCCAACGGUUGUACUCCUCACUGAUGAUGUAGCCAACCGCCAAAAAGCGGAAAAGGAAGGCAUCCAGUGCUUGUCAGUCCGUUCAUACGUGGAGGGAAUGCCAAAAGCAACCGAGUUGCUUGACCUUCUAUCGGUGGCAGGGUCCAACGAUCUUGAGCCAACGGUUGCGUCCGGUCGCACUGUCCUAUACCCAGAUUAUCUGCCUUCUGGUGCUUUGAUUGCAGGCAUCAAAGCCGGCCAAUUGCAUCAAGGACACUUCAACGCUAAUCAAUACAAUUACUUAGAGGGCAGUAUCAUGGUGACAGGAUUUGAGAAGCCUGUCCUACUAAUUGGUCGAGAACACAUGAACCGCUCUGUACAAGGUGAUGUCGUUGUUAUUGAAGUCUUCGACGAGAAGGAGUGGAAGGCUCCUGCGGAUCAAGUAGUUGACCAAGAAGUCACAUUGAAGAACGAUGAUGUCGAGGACUCAGACAAAGGAGAGGACAAUGAUGCCUUGAUAGAUGAGCGGAGAGCGCUCAAAAGAGAGGAGUCCAAAACGCCCAAUGCGGAGAAACAGCCAACGGGUCGUGUGGUUGGCAUUAUCAAGCGCAACUGGCGGGCAUACGUUUGCCACAUUGAUAGCACCUCGUUGACCUCAUCAAACCCCACUUCUCUGUCGCAACAGACGGUCUUUGCGACGCCGGUCUCUCGACUUCUUCCAAGGAUCCGCAUGCGUACGAGGCAGGCUCCCUCUCUUAUAGGGCAAAAGAUCCUCGUCACUAUCGAUAAAUGGGAUAGCACCUCGCGUUACCCAGAAGGCCACUUCGUGCGAUCGCUAGGCAAAGUAGAAAGCAAAGAAGCGGAGCAGGAGAGUCUGUUGUUGGAGUUCGACGUUCCAUAUCGGCCAUUUGGGAAAGCAAUCCUAGACUGCCUGCCUCCCGAGGGAGAUCGCUGGGUCGUUCCCCCGAAGAGCAGUUUGAGCCCCGAGUGGAGGGACCGAGAGGAUCUGCGGAAUUUGAUCAUAUGCAGCAUCGAUCCCCCAAAUUGUCAAGACAUAGAUGAUGCACUGCACGCUCGUCGGCUUUCGAACAGAAAUAUCGAGGCAGGAGUGCAUAUCGCUGAUGUGUCGCAUUUCGUACUUCCGGACAAUCCAAUGGACAGUGAAGCAGCGUCUAGAGGGACUACGGUGUACCUUGUAGACAAGCGAAUUGACAUGCUACCAGCCCUGCUGGGAACCAAUCUGUGCUCCCUUCGUCCUCAUGUAGAGCGCUUAGCUUUUUCUUGUAUCUGGGAACUCACCCCUGAAGCCGAGAUUGUCAAUGUUCGCUUCACAAAGUCCGUCAUUGCCUCAAAAUCUGCCUUCACGUAUGAAGAGGCACAGAUUCGCAAGGAUGAUCCGAGCCUCAAUGACGAGUUGACGGAGAGCCUUCGAUUGCUCAAUAUGCUCGCGCGUAAACUCAAAGAGGGGCGCAUGGCUGCGGGCGCACUGAACCUAGCAUCUCCAGAGGUCAAAAUCCACAUGGAUAGCGCUGAGUCGUCAGACCCCGUCGAUGUAGAGCAAAAAGAACUGCGGGAAACGAACAGCCUCGUUGAGGAAUUCAUGCUUCUUGCCAAUAUCAGCGUAGCUCGAAAAAUACAGGAGACGUUCCCACAGACCGCUGUGCUCAGACGGCAUCUUCCCCCACCGAAAUCAAAUUUCGAGAAGCUCCAAGAUAUCUUGAAAAAAAGGCGAGGAUUGUCCCUUGAUGUUUCGAGUUCUGGAGCAUUGGCGGCCUCCCUAGAUAAGUGCACAGACCCCGAUGAGCCAGCAUUUAAUACCCUAGUGCGCAUUAUGGCGACACGCUGCAUGCUCUCCGCAGAGUAUUUCUGCUCAGGCAGUGUAUCUUCCGAGACGUUCGGUCACUAUGGUUUAGCAAGCUCCAUUUACACACACUUCACCAGUCCUAUUCGGCGUUACGCCGAUGUACUUGCCCAUCGCCAGCUUUCCGCCGCCAUCGGCUAUUCCCCCCUUCAUGCCUCCUUGCACACUAAAUCGCAUGUAGAACGGGUCCUGGACGUUGUAAACCGAAGGCACAGGAUGGCACAGAUGGCAGGCCGAGCAAGUGUUGAGUUCUAUGUCGGAUUGGCGCUCAAAUCCCGUGGAGAGAAGUCUCACAAAACUGGCGGCGGUCAAGUGACGGAAGAAGCAUUCGUUAUCAGAACGUUUAGGAAUGGUCUCGGGGUUUUUGUUUCCAAACUUGGAAUCGAAGGUCUGGUGCUUUUCAAGCGGGAAACUCAGUUCGACGCAGAUAACUAUACUGUAACUGUCCCUUCGACUAAGACUGGCGGCAAGGAGGUGGAGAUUGCGGUUUUCGACAAGGUGACAGUGAGCAUAGAAGUGGAAAAGGACAAGAACACACAGCGAGGAAGAGUGAAGAUGACACUCGUCAGCCCCGUGGACUCUAGCGCGUUGUAAUCAACUCCAUUGUGGUCAAUUAUCCCAUAUAAGGGCCAUUAUCAUCUUGUCCAAACUGUGGUAUCUGCAGACCGACUGCCCAUAAUAUGGUGUUGAUUCGUCAG